AUGGCGUCACAUGCGGACAGCGCGCACGACUUGCUCAAUCUGCCAAUAUCAACCCUGCGGCAAUACGUCGAGUUAUUUCCAAAAGAGGGUCUUUCCAAAGUCAUCACGGGAUAUCUGAGCAGUGGUGUUUCAAGAUACCCGCUCAGAGACAAGCCCAAGAAUGCUCCAGAUUUGAGCGAAGGUGGGGUAGCUCUUGACGAUAACGACCCCCUCACACAGGAAGACUGCUUGGUCUUGAUGACAGAAGGCAUACAAGAGACGAAGCAAUCUGCACUCGCACAUUGCUUGCUGGGUGACUUUUACUUGUUCCUGGAAGAGUACGAGAGUACUGUCGAAAGCACGCGCAAGGGAUUGAAGUAUGCCGCUUCCGAAGCAAAGAAGACCGAUUUGUCAUUUCAGCAGACACUCGAUGCACUCAACAGCACUCUUGCCACUGCCCUUGUUUACUACCAAGCGCCUAGAAAUCACUUGGAGGCUAAGAACAUCUUCCAGUCAAUUCUUGAGCGCAAACCGCAAUUCACUUCAGCUCUCAUUGGCAUUGGCCUGGUUCUAGAAGAGGAGGAAGAAUAUGAGCAAGCCCAUGACUUCCUGGAGAAGGCGCUGAAACAAGAUUCUUCCAACGGACGUAUCGGUGCAGAGUCAGCAUGGUGUCAAGCACUCGCCGGGGACUACAAGACUGGCCUAGAGAGACUUCAAGAAUACCUCGAGUACCCGCAACUGGAUGCUUCCACCCAGCGUGGUCGUGAGCUUCGUGCUCAAACGUUGUACAGGAUCGGUAUGUGCAUAUGGGAGCUCGACUCCUCAAAUGCUUCACGGCGAGACAAGCAAGGCGCGUACGCAAAGUUCUUCGCUGCAAUCAAAGCGAACCCCAACUACGCGCCACCCUAUACCAUGCUGGGUAUUUUCUUUGAAGACUACAACAAAGAUCGCAAGCGAGCGCGCCAAUGUUUCCAGAAAGCCUUCGAGCUAUCGCCAUCAGAGAUCGUCGCAGCUGAGCGCCUUGCUCGACUGUUUGCCAAUCAAGGUGAAUGGGAUAUCGUGGAAGUCGUUUCACAAAGGGUAGUCGACUCGGGUAAAGCACGUCAAGUACCAGGAUCGAAGCGAAAAGGCGUCAGCUGGCCCUACUCGGCGCUCGGUGUUGUCCAGAUGAAUAAGCAAGAGUAUCAGAAGAGUGUGGUCUCUUUUCUUUCAGCACUGCGCAUCAGCCCUGAUGACUAUUAUUCAUACGUCGGCCUCGGUGAAAGCUACCACAACUCGGGCAGGUAUAACUCUGCAUCGCGAGCCUUCAAAUACGCCGAGAACCCAGCCGACAACGUUCUCAAGAAGCGAUCCGAAGACGAGAGCUGGUUCACCAAAUACAUGUUGGCAAACGUCAACCGGGAACUAAGCGAAUUUGACGAGGCGCUGUCUGGCUAUGAAGCAGUCCUUGCUACCCGACCAAAGGAGUUUGGCGUAUCCAUUGCACUUUUACAGACAUUGGUCGAGAAAGGAUGGCGCUGCAUCGAGACCGGCUUCUUCGGUGAAGCUAUCGACAGUGCCAUCCGUGGUCUUGAGGUCGCAGCAACCAUCGCGGAAUACAAGCCUGACGCUUUCAAUCUUUGGAAGGCUAUCGGAGAUGCAUGUAGCUUGUUCACCUGGGCACAAGAGCGACUACCCGAAUUUCCAGCGGAUGAUGUGCUUGACUUACUCCGGAGCAAGUCUGAUGUUGGCGUCGACUUCGAUGUUUUCAGGGACAUCGAUGACAUUGGAAGCGAUGCCUUGGCAUCUCUCACAGCGGAAAAGGAACCCAUGCUCGCAAAGGCCCUGCGCGCUGCUAUACUCGCUCAAAAGCGAGCUGUUGCAAGCUGCGCGCACGACAAGCAUGCCCAGGCAGUGGCAUGGUACAAUCUCGGUUGGACUGAAUUUCGAGCUCAUGUCUGUCUGGAACAGGAAUGCAGCAGCGAUGGAAGCAUGACGACAUUUCUCCGAGCGGCGAUGAAAUGCUUUCAUCGCGCUAUUGGACAGGAGGCGGGCAACUCCGAAUUUUGGAACUCGCUAGGUGUCAUCACAUCUACACUGAAUCCGAAGGUUGCACAGCAUGCGUUUGUCAGAUCACUACACCUGAACGACAGAAGCGUGCACACUUGGGUCAAUCUGGGCGCAUUGUAUUUGCUGCAGAAUGAUACAGAGCUUGCACAUCAAGCUUUCUCCCGUGCACAGUCUCAAGACCCAGACUACUCCCUUGCCUGGGUCGGUGAAGGCCUUGUCGCGUUAUUGGCUAACGACUCGAAAGAAGCGCUGUCCCACUUUACGCAUGCUUUCGAGCUUGCUGAAUCUUCCUUGCUUCUUACCAAGCGACAGUACGCUCUGUCGACAUUCGACUUCCUAAUUUCUUCACCUUCAGCUGGGGGCGACAUUACCAAUCUCAUUCAACCACUUUUUGCUUUACAGCAGCUCAACUUCCAGGCGCCCUACGACAUGCCCCAUAAGCAUCUGGCAGCUUUGUUCUUGGAACGGGUCGGAAACCAUGAAGCAGCUGUAAAGGCAUUGCAGUCCGUGAGCGAGAAUGUUGAGCAAGAGUACGAGAAUUCGGAAUCGCAGAAGUCAUUAGCACGCGUCGCACAAGCGAAGACAGAUCUGGCACGAAACCUUCUCGCCACAGGGUCCAACGAAGCCGCAGGUGAAGAAGCUGAAACUGCUCUUGAUCUCAUUUCCGAGGUCGACACUAAUGCUGGCGUUCUUUCCACAGAGCAAUUAUCCAAGGUUCAGCUCUCGGCGCGCCUCACGGCAGGGUUAGCACACUACUUCAACGGCGCUCUCGAUGCCGCCAUCCCAUACUUCCGGACCUCGCUCGAAGCGACCAGCUCAAAUCCAGACAUCAUUUGUCUUCUCGCCGAGGUUCUGUGGGCCAAGGGAGGCGCAAAUGAAAAGCAAGUUGCACGCGACCAGCUUUUCACCGCAAUCGAGAAGCAUGAAGGCCAUGUCGGUCUCUUGACUUUGAUCGGCGCCAUGACCGUUCUCGACGACGAUCUCGAAACAAUGGAAGCCAUCAAAGACGACCUCGAUCGCUUGCGCACGAACAAAGACCUUACAGACGACCAACUUGCUCGCGUGGAGAAGGUCAUCGAAGCCAUCUCCAUUAGUCUUGGCGGUGAGGAACAAGAGCUCGACGAAGCCAGGCGAAGCAUCAUGCUUACCCCGUGGAAACACACGGGCUGGUCCGAACUCGCGGACGCAGCGGAUGGCGAUGUUUAUGCUAGCACAAUGGCGAAGGAGACGGCGAUGCGCAAUGCGCCGCCGAAUGGAAGUUUGGGCGCUGUUGGACUGGCAGGAGCGUUGGCUGCUACGGGGCAUGUUAUUGAUGCUCAAAGAGCGAUUGCGUUGGCGCCGUGGAGUACGGCGGGGUGGAAUGCGUUGGCGGAGAGUAUUAAGAGCGCUUGA